UAAUAUAAUUUUAGUGAAAAAUAACAAAAAAAAGUUAUAAAUUUAAUUAAGAAUAUGUGUUAACAUAAAUUAUUAAUUAGAUUUUAGUGUAAAAAGCAAAAAACCAACAUAAAUUUAACGAGUAAAUUUUGUACAAGAAAAAACAAACAGCAAAAAAGCCCCUCAACAAGACACCAAAAUUGUGUUGGCACCACAAACACACACACACAAAACAAAAGGAAUACACCAACUCCUUCUCCAGUUCUUUUCACUAGAAUUUAAGGACUACUUGUAUUAUCUGUAUAAGUAAAAAAAAGAAAAUCAAUUUCCAACUUAAACGAACUUUAGUUAAAUCAAGUUAUAAAAAAAAUAUCCACUUUAUUUUCUGUUUAAAUGUCACAACAUCAUAAAAAAGACAAAGAUACGCGACAGCGCAAAAAUGUAGAUAAAGAAAACUCUAAUAAUAAAACACAAACAAAGACAACCUCAUCCUCAGCAGCAAAAAUAACAACAGCAACAACAACUGCAGGAGGAACCUCAGCUUCAGCAAAUAAUAAUUCACAGGAAAAACUUAGGAAAACUAAUAACGGUGCAUUGUCAAUAAUGAAUGUGAAACAAAUGAAACCAUUGAAUAAACAACAAAAGGAGAAGCUCAAAGCCGAACGAGAGGCUUUAGUAUUAUGGAGGCAACCAAUAAAAACAUUGUCAUAUUGUAAUUUAGAAUUAGUGGAACUUGCUAAGACUUUAGCUGGAAAAUUAAUGCAAAGAAAGACUUGGAUUGGCAUAUUUUUAAUAAUGGCUAGUUUUAUAGCUGUUUUAUAUCAACUACCUGGACGCCAUCAAAUCAUAGUAGAGUUUUUAAAAAAUAACACCUGGUUUGUGGUGUAUUGGACGGGUUUGGGCAUUUUAUCUUCUGUGGGUUUGGGAACUGGCCUGCAUACAUUUUUACUGUAUUUGGGGCCUCAUAUAGCUAGUGUUACUUUGGCUGCCUAUGAGUGUAAUUCUUUGAAUUUCCCCAAGCCACCAUAUCCAGAUGACAUCAUCUGCCCUGAAGAGCCUUAUGCCAAGAAACUUCCCCAUAUUUGGUCUAUUAUGUCUAAGGUACGCUUUGAGGCUUUCCUUUGGGGUGCUGGCACUGCUUUGGGUGAACUGCCUCCUUAUUUUAUGGCCAAGGCCGCCCGUUUGUCCGGCUAUGAUCCAGACGAUGCCGAGGAGUUGGCUGAAUUUGAGGCUUUAAAGGCCAAAAAGAAUCAAAAGAAUUUAGGCUUAAUGGAUAGAGGAAAACUGUUUAUGGAGCGAGUGGUGGAACGUAUUGGUUUCUUUGGUAUUCUAGCUUGUGCCAGUAUACCCAAUCCUUUAUUCGAUUUAGCCGGCAUUACCUGUGGCCAUUUCUUGGUGCCCUUCUGGACUUUCUUUGGGGCCACACUCAUCGGCAAGGCCAUUGUGAAAAUGCACAUACAAAAGGUAUUUGUAAUUAUAGCCUUCAACGAGUCGUUGAUUGAAAAGGCCGUCGAUACAUUGGCAGCCAUACCGGUAAUAGGCAAAAAACUACAAGAGCCCUUUAAGGGUUUUCUGAAGAACCAGAAACAACGUUUGCAUCGUCAACGUAAUGCCACACCAGCCGAAUCGGGCAAUAUGCUGUCGAAAAUCUUUGAAACAUUUGUCAUUUGUAUGGUGUGCUAUUUUGUGGUCUCCAUAGUGAAUUCUUUGGCUCAAAGCUAUCAUAAACGUUUACACAAACAAAAGCAUAGCACGCCCAAUACACCCAACAACCCCUCCAGCCCUACAGCGUUCACUACAAGUCCUGUUCAACAAACUGCAACAACAACAACCACAAAAAGAACUAAAAAGGCGGCCAGAGAAUAAUUUUACACUGAUUUAUUGCAGCAAAGCUUUUGUUUUAGUUUUUCUUUUUAUUUUUUUUGGGUUAUUUUGUAUUUUGUUUUGUAAGCGUGUAAGCAUUUGUCUGCCUUUUGUGUAUAUUAAUUUCUUAAGUGUUUAAAGAAGAGGGGUUACUCCUUUUUUGUAUUUCCUAUUAGCUUUUUCCCUUAAACACUAGAAAAAACCAGAACCUGGAAAACUUUUUUUAUGAUUAAGAAAUACACCACACAAAACCAUAAGUUUUAAUGAUACUUUAGCCAAAUAUUUUUUCUGUAAUUUAAUAACAAAAACUAAUUUGUUUUAAAGGCUUUUCAUAAAGUGAAAAAAUUAUAAACAAAAAGAGUAAGAAAGAGCAGGUAUAUGUUUAAACAUACAGAGAGAAAGAAGUCAGGUUUAAGUAGUUGAUUUCAUAAAAUAAUUUAUUUAAAAAGACUAGUCUUAUAAUAAAAGAAAUAUAAAAUUUAAUUUAAAUUAAUUAAACAUAAAAUAAACAUGAAAACGCAAUGAACAUUAAUGAAAUUUAAUAAAUAAAUUAGUUAAUAACAAAAAAAAAAAAAAAAAUGAAAAUAAAACGAGGUCUAAAUAUAAAAUUAAAUUAAUAAUAAAUCAAAAAAAAUAAUAAAAUAAAUAUAUGAAAACAAACCUUAAA